CAGCAUAGCCUUUCGGACAUAGAAAAAAGUUGCUAGAUUUAAGCUGAGUGACACUUGGGUGGUGGAGCAGUCGCUACCUUUGGACAACACACCUGAGGCAUUGUUCCAGAGACAGUAGACAUUGCAGGCUUAACAAAGCACUGCUACUAUUGUCAUAACAACCAUGCAAGGAGUGGAGCAGACCACAAUGGAGGCGGGUCAUGGUGUGCAGCAUCUGGGGCAGCCUGUUUCCCUGCACUCAUAUAUGUGGAAAGGGAUGACAGAGAAGUUCUUGAAGGGGGAACCCAGAGUUCUUGGGGUUGUACAGAUUGUGGUUGCCCUUAUGAACCUUGCUAUAGGAAUACUAAUGAUUAGUGCCACAUUGCCAGUUGAUACACCAGUUCCUAUUUCGGUAUACAUUGGGUAUACAAUUUGGGGGUCAGUGAUGUUUAUUAUUUCAGGAUCCCUUGCAGUUGCAGCAAGCAGAAGAACCACAAGAAGUCUGGUUGGAGGCAGCCUGGGCUUGAAUGUCACCAGCUCCGUGUUAGCCUUUUCAGGGAUUGUAAUCAGUGCAAUCAGCAUGACCUCAUUUUAUUAUAUUCACUACUGUAUCUAUAGUAGAGAAACAUCAGAAAACUGUUCCAUGACUACAUCAAUUUUAAUGGGUCUGGAUGGUUUGGUGGUAAUUUUCAGUCUGCUGGAAUUCUGCAUUGCUAUGUCCCUCUCUGCCUUUGGAUGCAGGGUGCUCUGUUGUAACCUGGGUCCGGUUGUGUUAAUGAUGCCUCAGAAUUCUCCCAUGGCAGAAGCAGCGUGUCCAGCAGCAGUUCAAGAAGUAUUAAUGCCACCAACAAAAGAGAAAAAAAUUCCAGAACAUCUGCACUGAUUUUGAUACAAGACUUCUCUGGGGAAAGCACCAGAAUCCAGCCCCGAUGUGUGAGUGUGAGUGUGUGUGUGUGUGUGUGUGUGUGUGUAUCAGAGCAUCUUCUCGAUUUUUGCCCAUGUUCUGGGAAGUCACCCCACUGACUCUUUGUUAGAAUGUCAGACAUUGAAUAAACAUAUCGUUUAUUUACUUGGUAAA